UCCUUUCCUUUUUUCCCAAUUUCAAAAGUAUACUUGAAAUAAAAAAUUUCUCUCCAACAAUGAUGGGACUGAAAUAAAUAUUUUCUAAGCCUAAUGGUCAUUUAGCGUUUUUACUUUACUGCAAUUAAACACUGAUAUAUUAAAAGCGCCAAAUCAUAUCAAGCAUUCCUGCUCAGAAGUCGUUAUUAAUAGAACGGGAAAAUGUCGAACUCAUCAGCAACGAUCGCCAAUGUUGCUCAGCAUGUUCAAUACAUCUCAACGCUAGAUGUCGCGCUCCCCUUUAUUCAGCGAAGCGGUGAUAGGGUCACAGCCUCAGUAACAGAAAUUAUCAAAGCGGUACUCAAUGCCUACACUUACCGUAAAGCCUUGGGUGAGGAGAAUGCCAACUCUGUUACCUGGCUACAAGGUUACAUUGUUUGUGUCAUUUUAGGCUCAGGAGGAGCAAGUACAGUAUCUUUACUGAGAGGCGAAGCACUGAGCAUACUAUACAAGGAUGAUUUUUGGAUCAUAAAUGGCUUGGCUUACUGUUCAAUAUUCUCAAACCGGUACAUAUUUCAGGUAUUGCAGUUGUUGUUCCAACGGUUUACCGUAUUACACCAUAUUUGCCAAUUCAUCGUGGAUGUUAGUAGAGGGUAUGCGAUAGUCCGGCUUGGUGUUGACGGUGGGAGUAAACUUACCAAAUCAGCUAUAAUGCUGAGGGAGAGUGUCGUUGGUCAGAUAGUCUGCGGAACACUUAUAGGCUGUGCAAGCGGCCUUUGGGUUGAGCUGCUGGGACUUCUUCAACCAACAUGGACGUUUUCAAUGCCCAAGUCUUUUUUAGCAUUAUCCUAUACUGUAAAGAUAUCCAUGAUGACUACAUUAUUAUAUUUACUGCUAUUGAAGCCUUUUUAUUCGGAAGACCUGUCUGUGGCUCAUACCAUAAGUGCUUUGACUUUUGCAGCGCUUCUUCUAUAUUUCAAACUGAAGUCUGACAGCAAUACGCAAAAACCAAUUGGUCGUAUUGAUAUCCCGUCAGAAAAAGCCAAAGAAUUGGCAAAACUCAAAAAGAGAAAAUAAAAAGCUCUUGACAAUAAUAUGCCUAUAGACGAC